AUGGGCAAGAAAUCAGUAGACGACCGGCCGGCCUACUUGAGCUCCGACGAUGCCAAGUACUCUCUCGGUGUCAAUCGAGGACCUCUACCCACCGGCGGCGAUGAAAACUCCAAGCUGGAACAGGUCGACUCGGCCGGCGGAGUCUCUCUCGCCACGACACAUCGCACGCGUCGACAACGAAUGGCGCGGCACUGGAAGCGGUUUUGGUGUUGUUAUCUGAUAGGAAACAUCAUCUUUUUGGCGAUUUUCCUGCCUAUCUUCUUCCUCGUGGUUCUUCCCGCGGUCUCGCAAUUAGUGGUCAACAAGUCUGACCUCGUCCUGGUCAAUGCGUCGGUGAUGCAACCUCGGCCUGAUUCGAUUCUCUUGACGCUGGAAUCCGCACUGGAUUUGAAACUGGCUCUGCCGGUGCGCAUCGAUCCAAUCACACUCGAUCUUUUCAAUCGUGAUACGGGCGUGGACAAUUCCUUUGCCAAUAUCACGAUCGAGGGCAAGACCAUCAAGGGAAACACGACACUUGGAGUCCAACAUCAAUUCACGCCUCUGAUGAAUGUGUCUUCGUGGACCAGCUAUGUGCACAAUGUGGUUUUCCAAAAGGAAACUGCAUUGUCGGUUCACGGAUCGACAAAUUCCUAUCUUGGAAAGAUCAAGUCUCGCGUGACCAUGGACAAGGAUAUCGUGUCUCCAACACUCGACUCAUUCAAUGGGUUCAGCAUAUCCGACAGUACAUUGCUGCUCUCCGCGAACGGAAGUAGUAGCACUAACCUCAUCGGCAAUGCUACGCUUCCCAACCCAUCGAUCCUGACCAUUGAGAUUGGCUCCAUCAUCCUAGACAUCUACAGCGGAGACCUUGUCAUUGGUAAUGCCACUCUGGACGGUCUUACGCUGAAGCCAGGCAACAACACAAGUCCCAUUCAAGGCUUUUUAGAUUUGAAAAAGAUUGUCGCCAACCUUGGAGCGGUCAUCAAGUCCCAAGCGGCCGCCCUCAAGAGCGGCAACUUGGCCCUGAAGACGAUUACUCGGUCUGUCGUCUGGAAUGGCACAGAAGUACCCUAUUACACUCAAGUCAUGCAUCAGCUUCCGCUCAUCGCCGAGGUUAGCCUGAUCAGUGUAUUGAAGAAUACCCUGCAUCACCUGCUUCAUCCCGACGGCUCCAGCGGCAGUGGUGGCGGCAUUGGAAAUCUCACCUCGAUCAUCUCGAAUCUCAACCUGACCUCUGCCGUGAACCAGGCCAAGACGAAUCUCAAUUUGACAGACCGCCACUCCGUCUCAGCUGCACUGAAACGGAAUGUUCAUCUAUUGGAUGUUUUCAAGGACGAGCACCCGGUCAAGCGGGAUGCCUUGAUCGAUUCCAUGGCGAAACUCUAUGUGGGCGCGUGA